AUGGAAGCCAUUAAGGAAAAAUUGGGCAAGACUACAUUAAUAGUUCUAGAUGAUUUGAUGAUAGUUGCGGGUGCAAACAGCACAAAUCUUACUAAUUUAAAUAAUAUUGCGUCACGCGACAGCCACCAUUCAAAUGCCUCCGUGAUUUUUGUAUGCCAAAAUUUAAAUUAUGGGUCUGGAAAAUUACGAAAUUGCCGUGUGAACAGUCAAUAUCACAUCAUGUGUAAAAGUCUGACCUGUUUUAGAGAUGUAGAAAUGAUAGCGUCAAAUAAAAAAAUAUGUAAAAAUAAAAUACAUAAAGUGAUUGAAGAUGUAGGUAAAAAGGAGUAUGGAUAUAUUGUGUUUGACGGUUGUCCAAAAGGAUGUGCGAAUACACGUGUAAGAACGGGAAUUUUUCCCAAGGAUCAAACUGUUGUAUAUGAUUUGUGA